AUGUCGCAGAGGCCGGGGAGGCACCAGAGGAGGGCGUCGCAGAGCGUCUUCUCGCUGCCGGAGAACUUCGCUAGCCUCGACGACGUGCCGGCGGACGGCGGCGAGCAGCGGAAGCCCGCGGCGGCGGACGCCUCGUCCGAGCAGCAGCCGGCGAGGCCGGCCGGUGGGCGCCACCGCAGGACCAUGUCGAUGGCCGUCACCGCCUCCAGGGACCUGGACAUGAUCGCCGAGGACAUCGGCAACUACAAGUACGGUGCUUGA